CUCCCUGCAGCGCCCAGCCUGCCAGCCCGGCUGAUCCAGCCGCUGGGCCAGCCGAGGGUCCGCCCCACGCCAGGCGGGGCCAGGCCCGCCCCCUCGCCAGGCUGAUCAGGGGCGCCCUGGGGCCUGUGGCUGGAGCCUCACCGCUGUCCUGGCCAGGGGAUGGCGACCUGGCGGCGGGACUGGCGGUUGACGGGAGGCCAGAGGCUUCUGUGCGCGGGGCUGGCGGGGGCGCUGAGCCUCAGCCUCACCGCACCGCUGGAGCUCGUCACCGUCCUGGCCCAGGUGGGCGCGGCGCGGGGGCCCUGGGCCGCGGGGCUCCGGGUGUGGCGGGUCGAGGGGCGCCGGGCCCUGUGGAAGGGGAACGCGGUGGCAUGCCUGCGGCUCUUCCCCUGCAGCGCCCUACAGCUCGCCGCCUACCGCAAGUGUGUUGUGCUUUUUACGGAUAACCUGGGCCACAUUUCUCAGUUUGGCUCCAUCAUGGCGGGCACCCUUGCAGGCAUAGUGUCCACUGCUGUAAUGCACCCCACCGACCUCAUCAAAACCCGGCUGAUGGUGCAGAGUGUGCAGGCGCCCUUCUACAAGGGCAUCCUCCAUGCCUUCUCCACCAUUUAUCAGCAGGAGGGCUUCCUGGCCCUUUACCGAGGGGUCUCCCUCACUAUUUUAGGUGCGCUCCCCUUCUCCACAGGCUCCCUUGUCGUGUACGUGAACCUGGAGAAACUCUGGAAUCGUCCUCGAGGCCGCUUCUCCCAUCUGCAGAACUUCACUAACAUCUGUCUGGCGACCACUGUCGCCCAAGCCCUGUCCUUCCCCUUUGAUACAGUGAAGAGAAAGAUGCAGGCUCAGAGCCCUUACCUUCCCAACUGUGGAGGAGAUGUCCAGUUCUCAGGAGUAGUGGACUGCUUCCGGCAGACAGUGAAAACCCAGGGGGCACUAGGGCUUUGGAGUGGAUGGUCAGCCAAUUUACUGAAGAUUGUUCCAUAUUUCGGAGUGAUGUUUGGCACCUUUGAGUUCUGCAAGAGAGUUUGUCUUUACCAAAAUGGAUACAUUGUGUCUCCCUUGAGCUAUCAGUUGGCCCCAGGGGUGGAUCAGAGCCUGAAACCCCGGGAACUGAGGGAAUUCCAAAACCUCUACAAAACUGGCCAGCUCAAGUCUAAAAAGCCAACCCUAUAAAGCAGAAUGGAACUGGAAGCACUCUGGCUGGAGGUGCACUACAAUUGCAGGUCAUGGUUGCACAUGUGCAGAGUGCAGGGUGUGACUCUCAACUGAUGGUCCCGUGGGCACCUGUGCCACGCGAAGGCCUCUGCACGUGACUGUCUCAAGAUAGCCUCCCGAGAGACUUUAUCACUGAGCACUGUAAUGCUCCCCUUGUAACCAGAUUCAGUUGAACUGACUAAACAGACACCAUGUUGCGGCUCA